AACGUACGUUUAAGUAUGGUAUUUAAUCUACUGAAUUGAUGAACAUGGAACAAUCUAUGGUGAGUAUAGUAUUGUGCCGAUCUACAAAAAUGCGCAACUGAUAAUGGCAUUGGCGCAUCCAACAUCAAAGAGGCGUGGAAAGUGAACUGAGCAGGCGCGUGUCUCAGCUCUCUCAGAAGCAAAGUAUAGGCUAAUAAACGGCGUCUAGGGGUUCCAUAACGAACCCCAAAAAGAAAAGCUCAGAACCAUGUCAGGGUUUUUGGACAGCGUCCGGUGCGGAGACUGCGAGUGCAAUGUGGACUGGGGAGAGAGGCGAAACACUAUGGCAUCUAUAGCUGCUGGAGUCCUGUUUUUCACUGGUUGGUGGAUAAUCAUUGAUGCAGCUGUGAAAUAUCCAGAUGAGGCAGUCUUCCAUCAUGCCUAUCACACCUGUGGAGUCAUCGCUACUGUGGCUUUUCUCAUGAUCAAUGCUGUCUCGAAUGGCCAGGUGAGAGGGGACAGCUACAGUGAAGGUUGCAUUGGGCAGACAGGAGCUCGUGUGUGGCUCUUCAUUGGCUUCAUGCUGGCGUUCGGCUCUCUCAUCGCUUCCAUGUGGAUCCUGUUUGGAGGCUUCGUAGUGCCCAAGAAACCUGUUGUGUAUCCUGGUAUUGCGGUUUUCUUCCAAAAUGCAUUCAUUUUCUUUGGGGGCUUGGUGUUUAAGUUUGGACGCACUGAAGACUUGUGGCAGUAAUGGUUUCUGGUAACUGUCACACAAUCUGUUCUCUUGUUGUAUGAGACAGUAGUGUACGCUUUGGCCUGUCAAAACACAACCUUCCGUCUUUCAAGCGUUAGAAAAUAUUCACUUUAUAUAAUGACUUUAUAUUUUUGCUUUUUAGAUUAACUUGUUUAAUUUAUAAGUAGGUUGGUUCUUGCUGUACAAAUGUACAUUUUACUAAAGCAUCAUUUGCAGUUCAUCUUUUAAUUCAAUGUUCUUUCCUUUUGAAUUCUUGUAAUGGGAUCUAGGUGUCUUCACUCCAAAUGUGUGGAGCCAUUCUGUUACAAUAAUUUACCUCCUUCCAUUAUUUAUCUUGGAAGCCUUGCAAAAUAAUAAAUGAGCAGAUUAUUAUUAUUUUAUUUUUUUUUACAAUACACAUUUGUGCACUAAUAAUGUUUAGAAAUAUUUUGCUUUCUGAUCAGGGCAUACAUCAGAGGGGGGGGGGACAUGACACAUCUAUGGGAGGGUUAGUCUUGUAAAUAGCCUAUUUUCUUACUAUACAUUUACUGAUAAGAAUUUAACCUCGAAUGUGAGCAAUUUGUCUUUCCUAUUGUCGAGGUUUGGGGUCUGUAAUUAAGCCAUUCUACUGAACCAUAAUCUGAUGGUUCAUAACUCAAGUUGUAGUUUAAAGGAAGGAUUUGAUUCCGAGGUUUCGAUGCUCUGACCACCAUCUCUGUUCUUUGACUAUGUAUUUGACUGCAAUGCUUAUACAUUUACAGUACUUGUAUGGUAACCAAACUGUGAGAUCACUGAACCUGAACAACUAUGGCAGCAUUAAAUAGAAAAUGUAAAACAA